AGAGACUGAUACACAUCGCAGAGUCCUUCGCAUGGGAAGACGUGCCGACCAGAGAUCCUGAAACAGGUUCCCUGACAAUGGCUGGAUGGAUCCCACGAAUAGAGACCAUCACUCGGCGUUUAAUCAACCUAACUAUAACUUUCCACUUCAGCUAUGUCCUGAUGAAGAGACUUGUUUCGACAAAUCCUCGACUUUCGUACAACAGUUGGUAUCCUUUCGAUACGUCUCACGCCGUUGUAUUCGAGCUCGUUAACGCCUCGCAGCUUCUGGCUAGCGUGGUAUACACAAUAAUACUUCUGGGGUUCAACGGGCUAUACGCCACGUUGGUAUGCAUCGCGUGCAGUCAGCUGGAGAAGCUGCGAGCGAACCUCCUGGAUAUCAGACAGGAACUCGACCCACCAGCGCAGGACUCGGGCGCUGAGACUGACACAGAGGAGGAAGGGACCCAAGUACACACUUCUCAGGAUGUAUACUGCCGCAUGCAGCAGCAGCUCAGUGACUGUGUACGGCAUCACCACGAAAUUCUGAGUUACGUUCGAGCGAUGGAGGAUACGCUGAAUCCAAUCAUGACAAUCAUUUUUCUCCUAGAUCUAGCUUCUCUAUGUCUAGGCUCGUUUUCUAUCGUCACGAGUUGGGGGAACUACGUUCAGAUGUCUCAAGGUAUCGUGACGUAUGCACUGCUGUUGUUAGUGCUGGCAAUAUACUGUUGGUUUGGACACGAACUCACGUAUCAGGUGGAGAAAGUGCGAGACGGCGCCUGGGGAUGCGACUGGGUCGGAACUCCCGUUGCCUUCCAGAAGGGCAUCAGAUUAAUUAUAGCAGCAGCCAACAAGGAGUUCACUCUCACAGCCGGAAAGUUCGUGCCAGUGGCCAUCCGGACCAUGGUCAAUAUGGUCAACCAGAGCGUGUCCUACUUUAUGUUCCUGAUGAAAGUUAAGGACAGCAUCGAGCACGGAGAAGUUAACUAAACCAAUAUUAAACACUUGACACUAACA